UUUGAACUCUAGGCGUUAUCUCAGUUUACUCCGCCUCUUUAAGUUUGCCCUACAUCUGUCUGCUUUGGGCUCUUUUAGUGAGCGCAGCCAUCUCUGAGCUCUGCCGUUAUUUGUAAUAUCCCCCCCGCUGCGUAAAACUAAACAAAAAUAACAAAAAACGAAGCGCACCACUCGGAAAUGUAGUUCUUCUUGCGCACAAAGCGGUCUCCAGAAAAUGGACCUUAAAUCCGAGCUCCUCAAGUCGAUCUGGUACGCUUUCACAUCGCUGGACGUGGAGAGGUGCGGGAAGGUGUCCAAAUCUCAGCUAAAGGUCCUUUCCCACAACCUGUACACGGUUCUGAACAUCCCACAUGACCCGGUUGCCCUGGAGGAGCACUUCCAGGAUGAUGACGAUGGUCCGGUUUCUAACCAUGGCUACAUGCCCUACCUCAACAAAUAUAUUCUGGAUAAGGUGAAAGAGGGGAUGUUUGACAAGGAAAGGUUUGACGACUUGUGCUGGAUGAUGACCAUGAAGAAGAACUUCAACGUGACGCCGCAGAGGCUGUCAGAGCGCGACUGCUUUAAGCUCUUCUGUUUGUUCAACCUGCUGUCUGAGGACACCUACCCACUGGUGAUGAUCGCAGACGAGGUAGAAUAUCUCUUGAAGAAAAUCUGCACAGCUAUGAGCCAGGAGUGGGACGGGAAGCCUUUAGAGGACCUUAUAAGCCGGGACCCCACGGUGCAGGAAGAGGGCAUGUCGGUGUGGACGUUCCUGGAGCAGAUGAGUACGGGUCAGCUGCUGAGGGUGACCAGCGCCGAGGCCUUCAGCUUGGCUUUGCACGAAGUCUUCCUGGAGAUGUAUCACAAUGUCCUCAAGAGGGGCUACAUGUGGAAAAAGGGGCACAUGCGCAGGAACUGGACAGAGCGCUGGUUCGUGCUCCGGUCCUCCUCCAUGGCCUACUACGUCAGCGAGGACUUGAAGGACAAGCGAGGGGAAAUCCAGCUGGACAGGAGCUGCGUUGUAGAGCCUGUUCCAGACAGGGAGGGGAAACGCUGCCUGUUCUGUGUGAAAACCCACAACAAAACCUACGAGAUGAGCGCUUCUGACCAGAGGCAGAAGGUGGAGUGGACUCAAGCCAUUCAAACAGCCCUCCGUCUUCAGCGUGAGGGCAAAUCCUCCCUCCACCAGGAGCUGAAGCUGAAGCGGCGCGUCCAGCGAGAACACAGCAACCGGGAGCGCAGCCGCAGCGCCCGGAGCAGCUGCAGCAGCCGGAGCAGUCAAUCAGACGACUCCAGCUUCCAAGAGAUGGAGCGGAUGGAGAAGGAGAAGCAGGAUUUGGAAAUUGAGAGCAUCAUUCAGCAUGCACGAGAGUUGGAGAUCCGCAGAAGGGAGUCGGAGGAGAGGGAGCGGAGGAAGCAGAGGGAGGUGCAGAUGGAUCUGGAGAGGCAGCUGAAGGAGGCAGAAAUGAUGAGGGACAGCAUGCAGGCUGAGAUCCAGGAGAAGGAAAGGAAGGCCGAGCAGCAGAAGAGACGGAUCCAGGAGCUGGAGCUGACGCAGCAGAAGCUGGAAGCAGCUCUCAACAUGGAGAUCCAGGCUCGGCUGGAGGAGGAGAGGGCACGACAGGAGCUAGAGAGGUUGCUGGAGGCUGAAGAGGAGAAGAAGAGGCAGUUUCAGAUUCUCCAGGAACAGGAGAAGAUCUUACAGCGCUUUAGCUCCACUUGCGAAGCCUCAAACGGGACGGUGGACGAGACCACGCCGUCCGCCCUCUACUCAGCCUCGGUGGAGCUCCGAAAUUUGCAGGCGUCUCGCAAGAGGAGCCAUCAGCACCUUGAGGAGAUGCAGGAGAGGCUGAGAAAUGCCAGUCAGCACGUACGCCACUGGAACGUCCAGCUGAACCGCCUGAUGACGCCGAUCACUCCUGCAGAGCGUUUGGAAAGUCGUCUUCAGUCAAAAUUUUCUUGUCCCAAAAAAGAAGGAGCGCUGGCCAGCAACGAGUUCAUCUGUAAAUAUAAGAUAAGGAACGAUCAGAACAACAGGAUGCUUGGAGACGACUCGGAGAAACUGGAGGUGCAGCGGGAGGCCAACUGCCUCUCAGAGGAAUCAGGAUGUUAGGAGUUUUAAUCACAUUUCAACUGUAAUUUAUCUUAAAAUAGAGCAAUACUUUGAAUUACUCAAGAAACACCUACAAUGUAAUAGGAGGCGUUCAGAGAAGUUUUUUUUAAAAGCACCAAGUUGGGAAAUUUCUGUACACGAGCAAAUCAGAGAAGAGGAUGGAGUGUAGAUGAAUCACGGAGAGAGCUCCUUGGAAAGAUGUGGUAAUCAUUAAUAAAUACAAAAACUCUUUCAGAAAACUGUUUAAGAGGAAAUGUUCUUCCUGCAGAAAGCAUUGAAUUAUAUUUAUUAUAUUUUGAGUGUAAAGAUGGAGAGCAAUGAUGAUAACAUAAGACCCAAUCUGAUUGGCACUGAGCAAUAAUAAGAGUUUUCUACAAUAAAUUCUCUGGAGGAUUUGAAAAAGUUGGUCAUGUUUGUCGCUUAAAUUAAAAGUCUGAAUGUA